AGUAAGUUCAUGGCAAAGAGGUAAAGUAGUAGUAGUAUCAAGUAAGAAUAAGGAGAUACAUCUAAUGAUCAAAGGAAGAUUCAAUAUUAAUCGUGCUGUUGAUGGGGAUGUAGUAGCCGUUGAGGAGAUACACACUCCUACAUCAACAUCAUCAAAUGAUGAUGGCGAUGAUGAUGAUAAUGUUGCCGUACUACCAACUAGUGGUGCGGAGGCUAUGGAGGAGAGAGUAUUAGAGGAGGAAUCUACAACUCCAGAAGGAGGUAUUAUCGAGAAGGAGGGACGAGUUGUUGGUAUAAUAAAACGUAAUUGGAGGGAAUAUGCUGGUACUCUGAGACCAAUACAACAAGAAGAAGAAGAGCAACAACAACAAGGAGCAGGAGGAGAUAAGCAGCAUGGUGGGGGUAUGGUUGGGUACAGUAAGAUAGAGAGAAUAUUUAUACCUGCUAAUCCUCGUAUACCUAAUAUAAGGAUAGUUACUAAACAUAGUAAUGAUCUUGAUAAUAUGAGAAUAUGUGUAGUUAUGGAUACAUGGGAUAGGACAUCUAGACUACCACAAGGUCAUUGGAGUCGUAUAUUGGGCAGAUGUGGUGAAAGGGAUACUGAAUCAUCAGUUAUACUGCAUGAACAUAAUGUUAUUACUAGAGACUUCUCGGAUGAUGUUAUGCGAUGUCUACCUCCCAAGGAUUUCCAACCAGAUGAAGAGGAGAUAUCCCGUAGAUUGGAUUUAAGAAAUGUUACGGUAUGUAGUAUAGAUCCACCAGGUUGUAAGGAUAUUGAUGAUGCACUAAGCUGUGAGGUUCUAGAUAAUGGUAAUUGGCGUAUAGGAGUACAUAUAGCUGAUGUAACACACUUUGUACAUCCUAAUACAGCUAUUGAUAAGGAAGCUGCUGAGAGAUGUACUACAGUAUAUCUAGUUGAAAGAAGGACUGAUAUGUUACCAAGCCUUCUUACUACUGAUUUAUGUAGUCUAGUCGGUGGUAAGGAUAGAUUAUGCUUCUCGGUAUUAUGGGAAUUUCAACUUAAUAAAAAGAAUGGAAAUGAAGAAGUAUUAAAGAUAGUGAAUACCCAAUUCCAUAAGGCUAUUAUUAACUCUAAUGCUGCAUUAAGUUAUGCUGAAGCACAAGCACGUAUUGAUGAUAAGAAUGAUAAUUCGGAUCUAACUCAAA